AUGGAAGGGGACAUUGCCGACCUGACCGAUGCGAUCAAGAAGUUGCAGGAAAUCAUCGCCUCCGACCAGGAGAAGCUUCGGAUCGUCGGGUCUGUGCAAGGUCAUGUCACCAACAUGAAGACCGAAGUCCAUGACCUCAAUGACAUUCUUACCCCUGCAAUCACAACGCUCGGGAAGCUGAAAGGAGCCUGGCAAACCAUGAGCACCAUGCUGCAGGCGCUGAACGAUGCUUUUGACAAGCCAAACGACGAAAUCGACUGGCCAAGCAUCGUGGAGACCGAGCUUAACAAGAUCCGGCGGAAAUGGAACGAUCUUGGGGUCUACACAAAACAAUACCAGGAGGUCGCAUACCUGACCGACGAACCGAAGGAGACUAGCCUUCAAGAGUACGUCGAUGAAUUGAACCAGAACUCGAAGAAGUACUAA